GCGCCGCCCGCGUCGCCCCAGCCCUGCGGGCCAUGUCCAGCCGGCCCUGAGCGCGGGCCGGGGGGCGUCCCCUUGCGCCCGGGCCCCGCGCUGGCGCCCCCCGGGCCGCUGCCCGGCGCGGGGGCCAUGGCGUUCACCUUCGCCGCGUUCUGCUACAUGCUCACCCUGGUGCUGUGCGCCUCCCUCAUCUUCUUUGUCAUCUGGCACAUCAUAGCCUUUGACGAGCUGCGGACCGACUUCAAGAACCCCAUCGACCAGGGGAACCCAGCGCGGGCACGCGAGCGUUUGAAAAACAUCGAACGCAUUUGCUGCCUCCUGAGGAAGCUGGUGGUUCCAGAAUAUUCCAUCCAUGGCCUCUUCUGCUUGAUGUUCCUCUGCGCCGCUGAGUGGGUGACCCUGGGCCUCAACAUCCCCCUCCUGUUCUACCACCUGUGGAGGUACUUCCACCGCCCCGCGGACGGCUCUGAGGUCAUGUAUGACGCAGUCUCCAUCAUGAACGCGGACAUCCUCAACUACUGCCAGAAGGAGUCCUGGUGCAAACUCGCCUUCUACCUGCUCUCCUUCUUCUAUUACCUGUACAGUAUGGUUUAUACGUUGGUGAGUUUCUAAGGGGGAAACCGGCCAGGGAGCGAGCCCAGAACGGACCGGACGCCUGUGCACCCCCAGCCCUGCCCCUCGGCCGCAGAGGCCUCAGCCCUGAGGAGGGAGGGGGCACUGGUGCCCCCCCGCCGCCUCUCCAUCCCCCCAAACUGCUGCUGCGGGGACCUCCCGCCUUCAGAGUCCCUCCCCUCGGACUAGGGCUGGGCAGUUCGCCCCGGGCAGGGACUCCCCUGCCAGCCUGCGGGCACCGGGUCGGUCCUGAAGGGGCAGGACCUCUGGCCUGGUCCAUUUCAGGGGGGACCUGGGCUCUGCCAAAGGGCCGAGCUUGACCUAAAGUUCUGGGUCACUCCCCUCCACCCCCACCCCGAGGCUCCCCCUGCAGGUGGGGGGCACCCACACCAGGAAUGAGCAGGCUCAGCAGGGGGGCAGCCCCACCCCUAGUCUGCCCUCUCCCCUCCCCCAGGCUCUCUGCCCCCACCACCCCACCCCUCCCUGUCUCCACAUGCCCCGGUUCCUCCCCACCCUGCCUCGUGGACCCGUUUUCUAUGUUGCCUGGGGGAGUCCGGCACCCCCUCCCCGGCCAUUUGUGAGAAAAUAUGAAUAAACUACUGCAAACGCGCA